AAUACUUACAAUAUGUGCACAGAAUUUUGCUGAUUUAUCAGAUGUGAAUAAUUUGUUUGCGUUGAAGCUUGGAACAAACCUCCUGGACUUCAGCAUUCCACAGUGAAGUUUGAAGACGUUGGCGGUAGUGAAGCUUGGAACAAACCUCCUGGACUUCAGCAUUCCACAGUGAAGUUUGAAGACGUUGGCGGUAGUGAAGCUUGGAACAAACCUCCUGGACUUCAGCAUUCCACAGUGAAGUUUGAAGACGUUGGCGGUAGUGAAGCUUGGACCAAACCUCCCGGAGCAUUCCACAGUGAAGUUUGAAGACGUUGCUUGAAGUCAAUGGCAGCCCAUAGAACCGAGGGGGAGCUAGAACAACUGCUGUCUCUGCUGAGAAACAGCGAAUCUCUGAGUGAGGAACAGCUUGCUGAUCUCUGCAUCCUCAUGGAUGACUUUAGGGAGUCUUUGGCACGGGUCCAACCAUUUGCCAAACGUGAUGGUUUCGCCACUGUGCCUGAUGUCACCUGGGAUGAUGUCGGUGCACUGCAAGACAUUCGGGAGGAACUCACCAUGGCCAUCUUGACCCCUUUACGUUUUCCAGAGCAGUUCAAAGCUAUGGGAUUGAGUGGCCCUUCCAAAGUGUUGCUUGCUGGACCUCCAGGCUGUGGAAAGACUCUUCUUGCCAAAGCUGUUGCCAACGCGGCUGGUUUAAACUUUAUAUAUGUCAAUGGCCCUGAGCUACUGAACAUGUAUGUUGGUAAAAGUGAACGGGCAGUUCGCCAGGUGUUCCAGAGAGGAAAAAACGCUGCCCCCUGUCUCAUCUUUUUUGAUGAGAUUCAUGCCCUUUGCCCCAGACGUUCUGUCCAUCAGUCAGGAGCCAGUGUGCGUGUGUUGUACCAGUUGCUGACUGAGAUUGAUGGGUUGGAGAUGCGUCGCCAGGUUUACAUCAUGGCCGCCACCACCCGGCCAGAUAUCAUUGAUCCAGCAUUUCUUCGACCGGGCCGUUUCGGCAAAAAAUUGUACGUGGGUUUCCCUUUGCCAGAAGACAGACACGCCAUAUUGCUCACUAUUACCAAGGGAGGAACUAAACCUCGCCUGGACUUGGAUGUGAACUUGGAGGAAAUUGCCCGUGAUGAACGUUGUGACUGUUUCACUGGGGCAGACUUGUCAGCACUAGUGAGAGAGGCUUUGUUUAACGUCUUAAAUGCCCAUCCCGGCUCUCAGACAGCUACAGCACAUGCAGUGUCCUCAGGUCCAUGUGACUUACGAGUAAGCAAGCAGAAUUUCGAAGAGGCGUUCAAGAAGGUGCGGCCGUCCGUGUCCAAAGAGACAAAUUUCCCACCCUUCCGUCACCAGGUGAGUGUCGUAUAGUGAGGUUUUUUUUGCUUUACUGGAGCAACGUCAGCUCUGGCUCCUGGUUUGUGGUUGCAGAAAUAAACAGGUCUGUGCUAUGUGGAACUUGUGCAGCAAAUGAUCAUUGCAGGCAUUGCAUCAUUUCUCAUUCCUCUGUUAGAAAAGCAAAUAAUAAUCAGUCUCACCCUCUGGGCAUUUGAUGAGGCAUCAGCUAUUAUCUAGAAUUAUUAUGUGGCUUUCAAAUACAGAAGAAGCCAGAAAUUGAAGUAUUUGAUUCGGUUUUGCUUUUUCCAUACAGGACCAGCUCAU